AGGCUGCAUACGCGCGGGUUGAGGGCCUACAGCAAGGCGCGCCGGCGAGUGGCACAGCCUUCCAGUGGCGUGGGUUCCCCGAGAUACGGGCAGGAGGCUGUAUUGUGUGCGGGGCUCGCACCUGGCUGGCCAGCGCCUCGGGCCGGGCCCCGGGUGGAUGGGGCCGCCGGCUCCGCCGUGUGCCUCUCCUGCUGGGUUGCACCGCCCCCCGCGCCUCGUGCCCCGCUGCUGAAGGCCGGAGGACUCCGCCCGUGACAGGCAGGCUUCAGCCCUUCCAUAUGGCGCUUGUGGGGUACGGACGGAUUCGUUGCUGCCAGAGCUGUGUGAAAAAAAGCUCCUAUCUGCUAUGUGGAGAAUGGAUUGGAAAAGGGAAAGAAGGGAGAGACCAUGCAGGAAACUGUUGCAGAAGUUCAGAGGACUUUCAAACCAGUCCCUGGGACCAACCAGAACACUGUUUGACCCAGAUACCUGGAUGGAGACCUAGCUGGGAGAAGGAGGAUGCUCCUGGAAGGAACUGAAACGGGAUAACAACAUGGAAAGGAAAGCCCAGGAGAGCAGGAAAGGUCUCACCCACAGAGAAGUUCCCCGCGUCGUUGGGCUGCUGCUCACCAUGGCCCUUAUGAAUGUGCUCCUUUACCUCUACCUUGACCGAUUUUUCAUAUCCCCUCAACAUUCCACCAAGGACCCUAGAUCUUGUCCGCAUGGUUACUUCAGAAUGGGGCAGAUGAAAAACUGCUCACCCUGGCUGUCUUGUGAGGAGCUGAGGACCGAAGUGAGACAAUUAAAGCGCGUUGGGGAAGGAGCCGUGAAGAGAGUCUUUCUAUCUGAGUGGAAGGAACGCAAAGUUGCUCUCUCUCGGCUCACCAGUUUGGAAAUGAAAGAUGAUUUCCUCUAUGGACUACAGAUGCUGAAAUCUCUACAAAGCAAACACAUUGUCACAUUGCUUGGCUAUUGUGAGGAUGACAACACUAUUCUUACUGAAUAUCACCCUUUAGGUUCCUUGAGCAACCUGGAAGAAACACUAAACCUUUCAAAGUACCAGAAUGUGAACACAUGGCAGCACAGGCUGCAGCUAGCCAUGGAUUAUGUCAGCAUCAUUAACUACCUGCACCACAGCCCCUUGGGCACACUGGUCAUGUGUGACUCCAAUGACCUGCCCAAGACACUAUCUCAGUAUCUGCUGACAAGUAACUUCAGCAUUGUGGCAAAUGACCUAGAUGCCUUACCCCUGGUGAACCACAGCUCUGGGACGUUUGUGAAAUGUGGCCACAGGGAGCUUCAUGGGGAUUUUGUGGCUCCUGAGCAGCUGUGGCCCUAUGGCGAGGACACACCCUUUCAUGAUGAUCUCAUGCCCUCAUAUGAUGAGAAGAUUGAUAUCUGGAAGAUUCCAGAUGUCUCCAGUUUCCUUUUGGGGCACGUUGAGGGGAGUGAUAUGGUUCGAUUCCAUUUGUUUGAUAUUCAUAAGGCCUGUAAGAGCCAGAAUCCUGCAGAAAGACCCACUGCUCAGGAUAUUUUGGAUACUUAUCAAAAGGUUUGAAUUCACUCAGAGAUACUGUGAUGUCUCAGACAAGAGAAAUGCUAUAAAAAUCAGUGCAGCCAUUGAAGAGUGGGGUUUAAGGACUGAAAGGAAGUUACAGCAGUUCUACUCUGAUGGUGGUUUUUUGUGUCAGCUCUGUUUGCUUUUUUGGCUACCCAGCUAUAUGACUUUCUGCCUAUGUUUUCUUUUUUGGCCAUUAUUUUUUCUCUGGUACCUGGGAUUGAACCCAUGGCCUCACACAUGGUAGGCAAGUACUCUGCCAUUGAGCUAUACCCCCAGCCCUUUUUAUUUUAUUUUGAGACAGGUUCUCACUUAAUUGCUGAGGCUGGCCUCAAACUUGAGAUCCUCCUGCCUCAGCCUCUGGAGUAGCUGGAAUUACAGGUGUGCACCACAGUGCCUGGCUUCACCUGCACAUUUGAGUGUGUCUACCUCUCCUGGCAACUACAUGGAGGUUGCUACCUAAGAGCAAACUGGGUCUGAUUAAAAUCUGGCUUAAUUUGCUUCCUGGCUUAGAUGAAGAAAAAUAGUGAUCUACCCAGUAUUUGAAGGAAGUAAUAAAGUGUAGCUAUAAAGAGGUUCUGCCUACCCUAAUAACUGAAUUUAUGAGCUUUUAAGAAAUAUAUAGAUGGAAGAUUUUAGACUGGCAGUAUAUGAAGAAGACAGUCUUCACAUAAUGUUUUUUCUUCAUAGUUUCAAAAAUGGCAUUGAGUAAAAAAUGUUUAUAGCAGCACAAUUCACAGUAUCUAUGGAAUUAACCCAGAUGCCCAUCAGUAGAUGAAUGGAUUAAGAAAUUCUGGUACAUAUACACAAUGGAGUUCUACUCAGCCAUUAAAAAGAAUGAAAUUAUGACAUUUGCUAGUAAAUGGAUAGAAAUGGAGAAUGUCAUACUAAGUGAAAUUAACUGAACUCAGAAACUUAAAGGUCGAAUAUUUAUGUGGAAUCUAGAGUAAAAUAAAGGAAAGAGGGAGGGAAAGAUAAGAGUACAUAAAGAACCAAUCAAAUACAAAUUAAUAGAUGGUGAAAAGAAAUCUAGUAGAAGGAGAAGGGAAGAGGGGAGGGAAAAGGGGAAGAGAAAAGGGAAGAUCAUGAACUGAAAUCAGUUUCCAUGGAAUGUAACUGGUACAGUGCCCCUGGGUUCAAUUCCUAGUACUGCAAAACAAAAGGAAGGAAUGAGGUUCUGAUGCAUGCUAUCAUGGAUCUUGAAAACAUGCUCAGUGAAGGUCACUCACAAAAGAUUGCUUAUCAUAUGAUUUUAUUUAUCUGAAAUGUCCAGAAUAGGAAAAUCCAUAGAAAUAGUAUUUGCCGGGGGGUCAUAGGGGGUUGGGGUGGAAGAAUGGGAAUUGACUGAUACCAGGUACAGGGCUUUCUGGUAGUGAUGAAAAUGUUCUGAAAUUACAUAGCAGUGAUGUUUGUACAACACUGAAUAUGUGAAGUACCACUGAAUUGUUUUUAAAAAGGAGGGCAAAUAUUAUCGUAUGUGAAUUAUGUCUCAAUAAAACUUAUUUUAAAAAAUUCUCAAUGCCAUGUAUACUUGAGGAAACUUUCACUAGGCAGUUAAUAUGUAAAAUUAAUUAUUUGCUCUUACCCUAUUCAUCUAUUCUCACUAGAGGGCUUUUCUCAUUGUUUGGACUGUGGUGCAAAACUGUCAGUUUUAAAUUAGUUUGUUUUAAAUAGUGACAGUAAAGCUAAACUUAACCUCACGGUGCAGGAGAAAGGACAUUAUACUAGGAUUAGAAGACCUAAAUUAUCCCAGCUGUGUUAUGGAUUAAUUAUCUGUUCUCAGGCAGCUCAGACAAAUCUAGUCUCUGUCAUGAAAAAUUUGCAGUUCUACUUUUCUUUCCGAAAUUCUCUCUAAUGCUUUAUAAUGCCAGAACCAGACAAGGCUAUUGCCUAUCAUGGUUCAAUCUUCAGUUUGGUCUUGGACACAAUUAAUUAUGAGUAGAACUGCAAAAAUUAUGAGAAGAAGUCAUUUUCUAACUAACUAAAACCUUGAUGGGGAACUCAGUGCUACAUGGCUUGCUCAAUGAAAGUUCAGUGGAAGUAUCAGAAGAAACAGAUGAGGUGCGCCAUUAUCAAAUCACAAGCAAGUACCCACUGCUCUUCUUGGUUACCUCACUCCAAGUGAUUAAAAAAAAAUCAUCACUAUAUGGUUUGUUUUGUAAUUGACAUUUUCUCACAGGAUGCUGUAAAUAAUCAUGAUUGUUAGAUAAUUCAGCAAAGCAGAAACCUGGCAGUUCCCCAAAUGAGGCACACACAGGUGGAGGUGAAAGGUUUAUCUCAUGUAACUCUCCAUAGAAAAGGUCUUUUAUUGUAUUUCCCCUGUUUUUCUUUUUGAAAGGACAACAAAUGAAUUUUAAUUAGGUAAGAAUAAGUAUAUUUGCAAACAUGCAAAUUGACCUUUUGCUGUUGCAUUUUUUAAAAUUUUAAAAUCAUACUUUUUAAAAAUGUCUUUAAAAUGUUAUUUAAAAAUUCAUCUGUUAGGAUCACAAGCUUUUCCCUUAUAUCAAAAGUUGUGCCACGAUUCUGGUCACUUGCAGAUUCACCAAGCAGUCCAGCAAGUCAUCUGUAGAAACGAAUGAUUGAGAAGGGGCUGGAGCACUAUUUGAAGCAAUUUGUUCCACUUCUGCAUUUUCACUUUUACUCAUCACACAGUUUUGCAAAGGGUUUACCAUCUUUGUUGAUAAAGGCUUUGCCAUCACUUUCAAAUAUGCCGCCUCCUUCUGAAGGUGUUUCUUUGGAUCUCAGCAUUAUAGGGACCAGAUCAGGGCCAAAGGAACUUGCUGCCUGCUGUUUUCCGACUUCCAUGAUUAUCUUCAUGAGCUCCUUCCACCUCCGCAUGGUUGCACGUGUUUAAAUCUUCAUUUUGUGUGUUCUCUUUAUUUGUUCUCAGUGCUUAAAUUUCUACUAUUUUUGAUGUUUUAUAAGAUCCAAAAAGGCAGAUACAGCUCCAUUUAAGUAGUGACAAUUGACUUUGUGUGGUGUUUCCUCAACCUCAGUGGGUUUUAAGCUGUGGUAUUGUGUGAGUCCUCUGCAGUUUUCAGUGCACACACAAGUCUGCAGGUGAUGGCCUCUCCACCCGGGCUAGGUGGUCCUCUUCCAGUUCAAUCCAUGAAUUUAUACUGACAGUGACAGAAUCAGUGGUUUCUAUGUAAUACCACCAGUGUCUGGGAACAAACAGAACCUGUCCUGGGUUCAAUGAGACCAUAGGUCUUUGAGCUUUCUGAAACUGAGAAAAAUGCUUUAAAUCAGGAUUGACAACAUUGAUUUUAAUGAACAUGCUAGAUUGUUCAUAAGGGAUUUUAGUUGGAUAAAGGAAAGGCGUAUUUUCUGGAGGAAAGAUGCCAUCUUUUCCUUCCUUGUGCCUGGAAUACCAAGUUGCAAACAUAGGAAUCCAGAUGACCGGGGGUCUGGGCUCCAUCCACAAUGUCCUUUCCUAUCCAUUUCUUCCAGGAAACCCAAAAUCAGACCACAUGACGUCCUUGAAAACAUCUGUCUUGUCUUCAAACAGACUAACAAUAUUUAUAGUCAGCAUAAGCCCAGAAUUUGGAAUGAUCAGAAUCUUUAAAUGGUUACAGUUCCCAGGUCAGAAACUCUUCAAGUGUAGCUUCCACGUAAUUACAAGCAGUUUCAUAUUGGGAAACUGCUUUUCAUUCCCAUUCUGAAUCGUAGCUGCUUGCCAUGAAGGACCUCAGAAAGGUGUUUAGCAGUCCAGGGUCAUGCCGGCCAAUCAAAAACCGUGUUACAGAAGAUUGCAGGCGGUUGAAAUGACAUUGUAAUUUCUUUUUCUCUGGGGUAGAAGGUUUGACAUGUUCACCUCAAACUAUUCUCUCCUUGAAGCAUUUUUGUUUUAACCAUGGGGAUCCCUCCUUAGGGUGACAGCCGUCAUUGUGUGUGUGUGUGUGCGCUUUGGUCCCCUGCAAGCUCUAAACGCCAGGCUAAGGUGAGAGCUCGCCUCUGAACCCACUGCCAUGGUCGGAGGCUGCCCCGACUGAACCCAAAUGGAAAGGACCUACAGUGGAGUCCCAGCCAGCCCCGCUGGCUACAGUCCUUCCCCUGCACGAGUCCCUGGGUUCGAUCCCCAGCACUGGAAAAAAAAAAAAAAUGUGUAUGUAAAAGUAAAUAUUGCUCAUUUGGGGGAUCACUAUUGUCAUAUGACUUUUAACCACAUAAGUAAUUUAAAAUAUAAAAUCAUGCUUUUCUAUGUUUUUGAAAUGAUUUUUCUCCCCCCUCCCCUUUUGCGGUGCUGGGGAUGAAACCCAGGACCUCCCAUGAUAAGCACAUGUUCUGCCACUGAGCUAUCCCCAGCCCAACUUCGAUAAUAUUUUAUGAGGACAAACAGAAUGAAGAAAAUAAUUUAGAUUCUUUGGAGAGCUAGCUGUAGUUUGCAAUCAAAACUAUAAUAAAGCAGUCAGCAAGAGUACUGCAUCCAGCUAGCUGGGUGUGUUGGCACUUGCCUUUAAACCCAGCGACUUAGGCACGCUGAGAGAGGAUCACAAGAUCAAAGGUCAGUCUCAACAACUUAGCAAGACCCUGUCUCAAAAUAAAAAGGGAGGCUGGGGUUGUGACUCAGUGGUAGAACACUUGCCUAGCACAUGU